AUCUCAGAAGACCGCACGCCCGCGCAGUCUUGCCGGCGGCUGUUGACCCCGGCAUUCUCCAGGUUGGAGCGACGUUGCGCGCUGCCCCGCGAUGUCCCUUCCUGGGCCUGCGUGGCCGAGACUCCGAGUCCUGCGGGCGCUGUGGGCACUGCUGGCGGUGCCGUGGGCACCGUGGAGGCUGUGGGCGAUCGAGGAUAUCCAGGAGUGCACCUGGCAGGUUGUCCUGAACCAGUUCGCGACGGUAGGCAAGAACCGCGAGAGCGACCGCUUCUUCGACCAAGAGCCCCUGGACACAGUGGGCAGCGUGUUCAGCCUGCUGGUGGACGCGCCCAUCGACCCGGACGAGAAGUACCUGGGCUUCCCUUACUACCUGAAGAUAAACUACUCCUGCAAGGGAGAGUCCUCCGAGGCCCUGGUCCGCAAGGGCCACCUGACGGGGCUGAAGCCCGUGGUACUGGUCACCUUCCAGUCCCCAGUCAACUUCCGUCACUGGAAGAUAGAGCAGCUGCAGAUCCAGAUGGAGGCGGCCCCCUUCCGCAGCACAGAGCCGUGCAGCGCAGAGGUGUGUGUCAUGAGCUGGUACACGCCCAUGCCCAUCAAGAACGGCAGCGUGGUCAUGCACGUGGACGUCAGCAGCAAUGGCCUGGGGCCCUUCAUUCCCGAUAAAAGGUUUCAGGUGAACAUCAACGGCUUCCUGCAGAGGCAGCGAGGCAACGUACCCCAGUUCACCAUGGGGAAUGAGCUCUUGGAUCUCGUCCCCCGGUACUUCGUGAACGCCCCGUCGAGGCCCCUGUGGUACACCGUGGACCAGGCGCCUGUGCUCAUCCUGGGCGGCAUUCCGGGGGAGAAGUCCAUCCUGCUGAGUGACACCAGCUUCAAGGACUUCUUUCUCGUGGAGUUGAGCAUUGACAGUUGCUGGGUAGGCUCCUUCUACUGCCCCCAGGCCGGCUUCACUGCCACCAUCUACGACGCCAUCGCCACCGAGAGCACCCUCUUCAUCCGGCAGAACCAGCUUGUCUACUAUUUCACGGGCACCUAUGUCACACUCCACGAGAGCAACCAUGGCAGUGGGAGCUGGGUUCGUGUCCUGGCCACUGAGUGCAUCAAGAAACUGUGCCCUGUGCAUUUCCAUAGCAACGGCUCCGAGUACAUCAUGGCCCUCACCACUGGCAAGCAUGAAGGUUAUGUCCACUUUGGGACCAUCACAGAUGGCCGCGUGUCCUUCGAGAUGCUGCCCAGGCAGCAGUCCGUGUGCGAAGGGAUACAAGUUGUCAACUGCUCCAUAACCUGGGCCACAUACACUGCGGACGACUCCAGUCUGCUGCUGCUGGUGGAGAUCGAAGAGCCUGCCAUCCGGAAGUAUUUCCAGGUGGUCCGCUACGACCUGGUCAGUGAUUACCUGGCCAUCCUCUACACCAUCCCGGAAUUCAUCCCUGAUGCUGGAGGCCUGGAGUUCCUGAUGAUCCUAGGGACGGAGUCUUACACCAACUUCCCGAUGGUCCCCAAGGGCAUGGUCUACAACCCAUAUAACAAGCUGCUGUUCAUCUGGGGCAACUUCCUCCUGCAGAGCUAUGACAAAGAAAACUUCAUCUACUUGGCGGACUUCCCCAAGGAGCUGUCCAUCAAGUACCUGGUCAGCUCGUUCCGUGGCGAUGUGGCUGUUGUCACAGAAACCGAGGAGAUCUGGUACCUCCUGGACGGCGGCUACCGGGUGUACAAGCUGUUCCCGUCCGAGGGCUGGCAGGUGCACGUCAGCCUACAGGCGAUGCACCAGUCCUCUCUCCACGCCCCCAAUGAGACCAUGGUCACCCUCUUCUACGAGGACAACAAACUGUACCAGCUGGUGUACCUUAUCAACAACCAGCAGGGCCAGCUCGUCAAGAGGCUUGUGCCUGUGGAGCAGCUUCUAAUGUACCAGCAACUCAGCAAACGCUACCUCGUGCAGCGGCAGGGGAGCCACCCGACGCUGUCCUUCACCAACCUCUGCCCCUUCACGGUGAUGCGCCUGCGGGACCUGCCCAACCCGCAGAUCUACACGCGCCAGGAGCGCUACCGCGCGCGGCCCCCGCGCGUCCUGGAGCCCUCGGGCUUCCACAGCGAGAACUCGCUCGCCGUCUACCAGGGCCUCGUCUACUACCUGCUCUGGCUGCACUCCAAGUACGACAAGCCAUACGCGGACCCGGUGCACGACCCCACCUGGCGCUGGUGGAAGAACAAUAAACAGGACCAGGAUUACUUCUCCUACCUGGCGAGCAGCUGGCAGAGCGCGGGUCACGUGCACAUUGACAUGGACAGCUACGAAAAGAUCUACGACCUCCAGGCCGAGCACGAGCUGCCCGAGCGCAUCUUCCUGGACAAGGGCACCAGCUACCGCUUCUCCGUCUUCCUCACCGCCCGGGGGCACUCGUUCAAGUCGGAGCCCGAGCAGGGCUUCUUGUUCAAGCUGCAGAGCCAGCUGGGCCUGGGCGUGGUGCUGGCCAACCCGGACUGCAUCGAGGCCGUGGUGAAGCAGAAGGUCCUUGUUAAUCGCAACUCGGUGCUUUUCUGGGUCACGCUCAGUGAUAAAAGGGUUUGCUUUGAGCAGGGCAUUAGCGGACAUCACCUCCUGACGACCUCCAUGCUGCUCAAGGUGGUGGGCUCGGCCGGGCACUGCUUCCAGAACACACACCAGGGGCCGCGCAUGCAAGGCAACCUGCUGGUGCCAGUGCUCAUCGGCUGCCCCCCCGGCAAGCGGCUGGCCUUCGACAUCACCUACACGCUGCAGUACAACCGCCUGCAGAACAAACACUACUUCGACUGCGUGCACGUCGACCCGGAGAUGCCCUGCUUCCUCUUCCGCGACGUCUUCUACCCCUUCUUCCUGAUCCAAGAUUUGGUGACGGGAGAGUCGGGCAGUUUUCAGGGCAGCUACGUGCUGAAGGUGGUGGGCGGCGGGCCCACCCUGGACAGCAUCAAGGAAUACAGCGAGGAGGACAUCUACCGCUUCAACAGCCCCCUGGACAGGACCGACAGCCUCAUCUGGACCACGAAGAACAGGACGACCACCAAGGACUCGGCCUUCAACAUCAUGUCCCACCAGAGCUUGGGCAUCGAGUGGCUGUGUCUGGAGAACUCCCCGUGCCAUGACACCGUUCCCCAUAGCAUCUUCGCCCCCGAGUUCUUCUUCAAGGUGUUGGUGAGCAACAGAGGCGUGGACAAGAGCACGUACUGUGACCACCAGCUGACCUUCCUGCUGCACAUCCACGGACUCCCCCUCAGUGCCAAGCGGGCCCUGUUCAUCCUCAUGGUGUCGGCCAGCCUGUUCGUCGGCCUGGUGCUCCUCUACAUCGCCUUCUGCCUCCUCUUACCGCUGAUGGUGAAGGCCUGCAACGUCCUCCGCUGGAAGAUCAACAACAUCAUCGCCUCGGAGUCCUACUCCACCUACGUCACCUCCUCCAGAGUCUUCAGCAGUCCCUCUCGGACCAAAGCCAGGGCCGGCUCCAGGGUCGGCUCCAGGGUUAGCUCCAGAGCCGUCUCCAGGGUGGCCGAGGAGAACGCGGCCGAGCCUGAGGAGACCUCGAGGAGGAGGUCGCUGGCCUGA